AUGCCGGCCUUCAAUCUGUCGCGGACAAAAGUCCAGCUCAAGCUUGCAGUAGAGCGGACGAAGAUGCUGCAGAGUAAAAAGGAGGCCAUUGCAAAGAAGGAUCGGAGAGAUAUUGCCAACCUCGUAGAGAGGGGGAAGCUGGAGACGGCCAGGAUAAAGACCGAGGGCAUCAUUGCCGAGGACAUUCACAUCGAGCUGCUUGAAAUCCUGGAGCUCUAUUGCGAGACCUUAUUAGCCAGAUUUGCCCUGCUAGACCUCCUUGGAAAAGAGCCUGAGCCCUCAAUAGCAGAAGCCUGCGCCGCCAUAAUCCACGCCGCUCCUCGCGUAGAGCUACGGGAGCUGCACGUCCUUCGCGAGAUGCUCAUCUCGCGCUAUGGUAGAGAGUAUGCAGAGGCGGCCACGGAGAACAAGGGUGGAUCGGUAGUGAGCACGAGGAUCACCAGUCGGAUGGCAGCUCAGACGCCGGGGGAGGAGCUGGUGGACAUGUACAUUUCAGAGAUCUGCAAGGCCUACGAUGUGCCCUUUACAUCCCCGCAUCUGAAGAAGGAAGAGGCUGAGGUAGCAGAAGUAGAAGGAGAGACUAGUAGCACCCCCCAGCCAGCCGCCGUGCCCGUGAUAGACGCCAAAGCAGCAGCUGCAACUCAUUCGGACGCACAGCACAACGUUGAGCUCGGCAACGCCGUUGCUAAAGACGGGGGCAAGUCGGAUGGGGAGCCAAAGAAGACGUUGGCGAGCAAGAAAGCGACGGAAGAGGUGGAUGCUGCCAAAAAGAAGGACGAGGAGAAGAGUGCAAAUGGAGGAGGAGGCAACGCUUAUAACGAUCUGGAGGCUAGAUUCGCCGCUCUGAAGAGGAAGUAG